AUGUAUCACCACCAUCCAUGCUCACAAGACGGGAACCUCCCGAGACAGCAUCGACGGUGUCAAGAAGCUCUCCAAGACCUUCUCCCGCUCCAUGAGCAUGACGUCGGCAAUGUCCAGCGAAGAUCGAGACAAUGUGGGCGGAAACGUAGAAGGCCCAGUCUCCGAGAGUUGGGGUCCUCGGUCAUCGUAACUGUGGACAGUGGGCUGAAAUCAGCUCACAGCAACGGGCUUCUGCCGUACGAAGAGAUGAAGAAGCAUGGGACACAAGCUGUGGAGAGCUUUCUCUCCAGCACGUGGGUAAAGCGAAUCUUGCUCCUGUUCCCGGCGCUGCAUCCAUGGUUGGAGACGGUCAGAUUUAGCCUUUUCAACUCCCACGCCGUGCGCACGGCCCUGAUCAUCACAAAGCUGACAAGUGCAGCUGCGGUUGGCGCACUCUUCUUUUCAAGUUCUUCAACAACUCCAGAUUCAGAUCCAGACUGCCAGCCACCUACGGAUUUGCUGGCAAGCAUGGUCCAGACGGCCACCGUUGGCAUCAUUUCAGCCUUGCUCGGUGAUCUGGUCAUCUUUGCUUUGUUUAUCCUCCAGAGUCGUUCUGCCGUGGACAAGAACGAGUGGAACCCGCGGGAGAAAACAAAGAUAUUGAUGAAGUGGCGAUGCAAGUCGCUUGUGUUUUGGAGCGUUUGGAGCAGCCACGCCGGCUUCAGCAUCAUCUACGUUCUGCUCUUCCUUGCGAACGUCAGCCUGCAGGAUGCUGUCAAAUGGUUGGAAAGCUGCUGCAUUAGUCUCUUGCAGGAUCUCAUCCUUGUCCCGCUGUCCGUGGCAUUGAUUCUGGCCACGCUGGCAAGUUUCGCCAUCUGCUGCAGUCGAAAGGUGCAGCACAAGAUCGAAAACGACUGGCUUGUGGAUGAAGAGUCAGAGCAGGAUGAAGAUGAGGAGCUGGAGGACGCGAGUCGAAAAGGCAGCUGGAUCGAACCAGGACACGUGCAGGAGGUGGAAGUGGCCAGCGAGUCUUUGGUCUCUGUGACCUUGGCUGACGAUCCGACGGAGCCGGCCGAGGAGUCCUUGUUGCAGAUAGCUUCCACCGAGGCCGCCACACGGCCUUGCGGCGACGGCGACAUCGAGGCAGUUCUGAGCCUGUCGCAAGCACUGUCAUCUUGCGGGCGUUUCACCGCAGAGGUACAUGCGGAGACGGAGAAGCUUCUCACAAUGUUGGCUCGAAGGUUGGACGGUGGCGGCAGCGGAGAAUCAGCUUACGCUGGCUCUGGCGCUCAGGAGGACCUCAGCCUCCUGGACGGCAAGGAUCCUGUCAUCCUGCAUGCGGACGCAGAUCUGGUGGCGCUGUGGAAGCCUCCAAACUGGACGGUGUCUGUCUCAUCGGAGAGUGCCACCUUCCGCGCCCAAGCGAAGGGUCCCCAGGAUGCGGGCCUGCCGUUGCAAGACUGGGUACUUCCCACUGGGAGCUAUUUCUACAUCUUCAAGCCUGUGAGCAGCUUGUGUGAAGAGGCGCCUUCAGAAACCGGCCUGCCGAAAGUCACGGACGCGUGUCUUGGAGAGCAGGUGUGCGGACCGGAAAAGAUCCUUGCAAAGACGAUUCAUGAGGAUCCGGAGGUAACACUCUAUGAGAACUUUGUGUCUCAAGAGGAGGUGGAUCACUUGAUCCAGCUUUGCGAGGGACGAUGGGAGCGAUCCAAAGUAUCCAAGGGCAAGGCCACAGACCUUCAUGGUAUGAACAAGGGGGAGGCGAGUCAUCCCCUGGGAGAAGAGGGCUAUGGGGACACCCGCACUUCGUCCAGCGUACAUCUGGAGUGGAAUGAGACGAUUGUCACAGAACGGAUUGCAGCCAGAGUAGCGGCAGUGACUGGCACAUGCUUGGCACAGGUGGAACCACUUGUUAUGCUUCGCUACGAGCCCGGCCAGUUCUUCAAGUUGCACCAUGAUGGCUCAAUGAGACCUUCUACAGUCUUCGUCUAUCUGAAUGGUGGCGUCCUCAGGUGCUGCCAUCCACGCAGCUAG